AUCGUCAUGGCUGAUACAGGCUGGCCAGGCUGUGUGAGGAGUUUGAAAGGUGUCAUUUUGGACUUAUGUGGAGUUUUGUAUGACAGCGGAGAGUGCGACGGAGUUGCUAUACCUGGCUCCAUCGAGGCUGUGAAAAGACUCAAAGAAUCAGAUCUGCAGCUGAGGUUCUGCACCAAUGAGACUCAGGCAACCAGAAAGAAUUUCGUAGCCAAACUCCAGAGAUUGGGCUUUGACAUUUCUGUAUCUGAGGUCUUCCCUCCAGCGCCUGCAGCUAUUGCUGUUCUCAAGGAGAGGGGUUUAAGGCCCCACCUACUGGUGCAUGACGGACUUCUCUCUGAGUUUGAUGCCGUAGAUAAGACCAACCCAAACUGUGUAAUAGUUGGAGAUGCAGCUGAAAACUUCUCCUACCAGAACUUAAAUGAGGCAUUUAGAGUCCUUAUAGGAUUGGAAAGGCCAGUGUUAUUCUCUCUUGGCCAAGGGAGAUACUACAAGGAGACAGAUGGGUUGAAACUUGAUGUUGGUGUUUACAUGAAGGCUCUUGAGUAUGCUUGUGAUUUAAAGGCAGAAGUAAUUGGGAAGCCAUCGCCAACAUUCUUCCAGAGUGUUCUCAAUGACAUGGGGCUGAAACCAAAUGAGGCUCUGAUGAUUGGAGAUGAUCUCGUGAACGAUGUAGGCGGGGCCCAAUACUGUGGCAUGAAAGGUGUACAAGUCAGGACAGGCAAAUACAGGCCAAGUGACGAGAGACACCCAACUGUGAUCGCCGAUGCAACUGUGGACAACCUGGCCCAGGCUGUGGAAGCGAUCCUCAGUCAGAGAACCCUGAGAACCCUCCAGUUGCAGUGUUGAGGUAGUUUAACAAAAAUGCAAAAAGAAUUAACAGAACUAUGGUGUCUAGCCAUUAUAAACUGAGCUGUUAAACAUGGGAAUGGAUCAACCAUCUGUUUGCCCUACAUAGUGUUAAACUAACUCCAGUCAAAUUUAUCCUUGGUGGUUUUAAAUGCUUUCGAAUUGCACUGUGCAUUUGUCAGUACAUGUUUGGCAUAGAUGGGAUACCUCAAGCUUGACAUGAAACAAGCCUGUAACCAGCUGCUGAUUGACAGUUAGAUGGGGAAAGUCGAAGCGGUGUGUGUUCAGAGUCGUUAGAAACUUACUAGGCAGCUGAAAAUGACUGUGAGCAGGUUGUUUUAAUUGUAGUAACACAAACUGUGCAUAUGAAAUGGACAAUAUCACACAUAUUUGAUUGGAAAAUAAAGAUAUUUCAUCCA